UCCGCACUCACAUAUUCUUUCCCUCCCUAUCUAACUUUGUUUCGUCUCUAAAACAAACUUGUCCAUCGUUUUGAGAAUCUUUUUAAAGUCUCUUCUGUGCCGAGAAGCGAUGAUCGUCGUGAGGACGGAACGCAGAUCUUCUGUCAGCUCAGCUCCUUCGGCAAUGCCACAGUUCCCUCUCUGAUGAGACGAUGAGAACCCACACCCGCGGGGCCCCCACAGUCUUCUUCAUAAGUCUGCUGUGGCCCCUGCUCGCCGUGGUGGUGGCGUCAGCAGCGGAAGUGGACCCCAGCGGAGGAAUCCCCUUCAUGGGAGGGAACUACAAUGGUCAUCCCAUGCUGUACUUCAGCCGAGGGGAUGUGGAGGAGAUGCAGUAUGCAGCGGCAGGGACUCACCGGGACAUGGCGAGGAGGAUCCGCGAGGCUGGCGAAACCAUGCUGGAGUAUCCUGAGAAGUACCUGCCCCCCUGGAGCCCUGCAGAGUUCAGCGCCCGCUGGAACGAGUUGUACGGAAACAACCUCGGUGUGCUGUCCAUGUUCUGUGUGCUGUACCCGCACAGGGCCGGGGCCCUCGACCUCGCCAAGGACUACAUGGAGAGGAUGGCAGCGCAGCCUAGUUGGUUGGUUAAAGACGCCCCCUGGGAUGAAGUUCCUUUGGCACACUCUUUGGUCGGGUUCGCCACCGCUUACGACUUCCUGUACGAGUACUUGAACAAGGGCCAGCAGGAGCGUUUCCUUCAGGUGAUCGGCAACGCGUCACGCCUGAUGUACGAGAAGUCGUACGUCCGAGGCUGGGGCUUCCAGUACCUGCACAACCACCAGCCCACCAACUGUGUGGCUCUGCUCACAGGAAGCCUGGUUUACAUGACCCAAGGAUACCUCCAGGAGGCCUACCUGUGGACCAAGCAGGUCCUGUCCAUCAUGGAGAAGUCCAUGGUCCUCCUGCAGGAUGUGACGGAUGGCUCCCUGUAUGAAGGAGUGGCCUACGGGACUUACACCACCCGCUCUCUGUUCCAGUACAUGUUCCUGGUGCAGCGCCACUUUGCCAUCAGCCACUUCGACCACCCCUGGCUCCUGAAGCACUUCGCCUUCCUGUACAGGACUAUCCUUCCAGGAUUUCAACGGACUGUCGCCAUUGCAGAUUCUAACUACAACUGGUUCUACGGGCCAGAGAGCCAGCUGGUCUUCUUGGACCGCUAUGUGUUACGUAAUGGCAGUGGAAACUGGCUGGCUGAUCUGAUUCAUCAAAACAGGGUGAUGGAGGGGCCAGGGCAGGCUGGAAAAGGCCAGCGAUGGUCUACUCUCCACACAGAGUUCAUCUGGUAUGACCCAGGACUGUUUCCCAAGCCUCCGUCAGAUUUUGGAACAUCCCAACUCCACUACUUUGAGGACUGGGGCGUAGUGACGUACGGCAGUGCUUUACCUGCAGACACCAACCGCACCUUUCUCUCCUUCAAGUCAGGGAAGUUGGGGGGACGCGCCAUCUUCGACAUCGUUCACAGGAACAAGUACAAAGAGUGGAUCAAAGGGUGGAGGAACUUUAACGCUGGCCACGAGCACCCUGAUCAGAACACUUUCACUUUUGUGCCCAAUGGUGUCCCGUUCAUUACAGAGGCACUGUAUGGACCCAAGUACACUUUGUUGAAUAACGCAGUGUUGUUUAGUUCUGCAGUCUCAGGGAGUUGCUUUAAGCCGUGGGCUGGACAGGUUACGGAAGCCUGCGAUUCCAAGUGGUUGAAGUACAAGAUGGGGCUGGCGGCUGAUGCCCAAGGCAGAGUUGAAGCUGCUAUGGAGAGACAGGGAAUGGUCUUCAUCCGUGGUGAGGGACAUUCUGCUUAUAAUCCAGAGCUGAAGAUAAGGAACUUCCAGAGAAACCUGCUCCUUCUUCACCCACAGCUCCUGCUCCUUGUGGAUCACAUCCACCUGGACCCAGACAGCCCGACCAGGGCCAUGAGUGCCUUCUUCCACAACACAGAGCUUCCAUUCCAGAGUACAAAGAUAGAUGGUGUCCAUGGAGCAUUUGUAUCACACGGUGAGGAUAAAUAUAAGAUGUUCUGGAUGGAUGACACAGGCUACAGUAACAAAGGAGUGGUAGGUUACUGGAAUUACCCUCGAGGGUACCCGUAUAAUGGCUCGAACUAUGUGAACGUCACAAUGCCAUUGAGGUACCCUCACACCAGGGUGGCCUACAUUUUCUAUGGACCAGGUGUGGAUGUACAGAGCUUCAGCCUGCGUGGUGAUGACCAGAGAGUGGAUAUUUACCUGGCCACCAAGGAUCACACUUACACUAUCUACCUGCUGACCGGAGAGGUCACCAGCAAGCCUCUGUUUGCCAUGGUACUGCUGGACCACAAGAAAAUUGUAUUUGAGAAGGCGGCAGCUGCGGAAGACAACUCACCUGAGGAAGUGGAGGAAUACGUCAACGUGAUGGAUGACAACCUCCAGCACGUCAAGCCUGUCUUCCAGCAAAUGGAGAGACACAUCCUUGGACGGGUUCUGAACACUGCCAGCUUCCGUAAGACUGCAGAGCGCCUCCUGCAGUUCUCCGACAAGAAGAAGACAGAAGAGGUCAUCGAGAAGAUGUUUGCUAUGUCAAAGAAACAGGGCAAGGGUAAAGGGGGGAGGAAAGUGAACCUUGGGGAGAAGCUAUCUGAGAGUCUACCUGACAUUUUUGCACAGAUUGAGGUGAAUGAGAAAAAGGUGAGACAGAGGACUUCUAAGCGUACAUAUGAGGACAGUCCAGAGGAGGGAGAAGGAGACUCGCGGGCCUUUAUGGAUUAUACAGACAGCCGCAAAAACAGAAAGGGGGCCUUUGUCAAGGGCCGCAAAUUUAAGGAGGUUCCCAUGGUGGCCACGGCAGGGAGCGAGGGUCUCUUCAGCACCGCCUCCUACAUAAGACUCUUUCUCCUCCUGAACACUGCCACCUUCUUUUUGCUGCUGGCUGUGUUACUGACUCGCUUCCAGAGAGGUCGAAGUUUGCACACGCAGAGAUGUUUCUACACCAUCCUUCUGAUCGACUGCUUCAUCUUACUGUACCUCUACUCCUCCUGCUCUCAUACACAGUGUUAACGUCAUAAGCGUCCAACUACAGAUCCAAAAACCUGUUGUUCAUGGUGAACUAGAUGCUGCACCCCACACCUCAAUCUGAGCCGGAUCUUAUGACACAAUAUUCGGGAACUUUUAGAAGAAAAAUAAAUCUGAGAUUUCGAGAAAAAAUCUUCAAAUAUUUUAAAUAAAAAUAGAAAUGUUGUAAGAAUAAAGUGGUGAUUUUACAAGAAAAACGUUACAAUGUUUUAACGAUGAUGUCAUAAUAUUAUGAGAUUCUUAUUUAAAUACUUAUAUCUGCUAAUAUAUUAGUCACAUGCAGUCUGUCAGCCUUUACUUGUCAAAUGAAGAAUGUGAAUGAGCUGAAGUUAUAGGUUUCAUCUAUGAACACAUUAUAUUUAGAUUUAAGGACACAAAAUUAAAACAAUGAUAUCAUGUAACAGGAUAUUACAUUUUUGUACAUGUCUUAUCUCAUAAUAUUAUGACCUUUUUCUUGUAAUUCCGACUUUAUUCUCGUAAUAUUUUGGCUUUUAUUUCCAAAAUAUCAUGUUUUUUAAUUUUUGUAAUAUUAUGACUUUUUCCCCCAAAUUACCACUUUAUACUACUAAUAUGCCUUUUGUUUUUCUCAAUAUGAUUUUUGUUCAUAGUUUUAUAAUUUACUCUUUUUUUUCUAGAAAUUACACAUUUACUCUCCAAUUAAGACUUUUUCUAUUUUAUUGAUAUAACCCAAAAUCACAAACUAGCCUCAGGGGGCUUAAAGAUAGUAAUCUAUAAAUUACAAUUUUAAAUUAUAACUAUUACAACUAUUAUAACAUUAACAUUAUUUUUCUAGAAAUAACAACUGUAUUAUCAUAACAUUCUGACCUUUCCCCCAGAAUAUUAUGAGUGUAGUCUUGAAAUCUCAGAUUAUCUUUUUAAAAAGAUGUGGCCCGAAUACUUGUAAGAUCUACCUAUUGGGUGUUCAGGAAAAACAACUGAUUCCAAAUAGGAAUUGAUGAAUUGAGAUUUAACCAGACCACCUCUGAUGUAAUAAGCUUCUGUGGAGCUUUAGAACUGAGUCUGUGUGAAGUGUGUCCUUUGUCUUCAGAGGUCCUGCCUUGUAUGAAAGAUCUCAAGGUUAGCCACUAUAAUACAGUCGCCUCAUUUGUCCUGUCUACAUAGUUCAUAGAAAUACAUUUAAAUGUAUAUAUGUGAAAGCAA